AAAUGUCUGUCAUGUCAAGAUUGUUGAUAUUUUGAUUCGCACGUACAAAGCACUUAUUUUACAAAAGAAAAUUACCCACUUGAAAGAUUUAAAAAAGAUAUAAAUGUGUGGUUAAUAAUUAUAAAUUAUGCUAAAUCAUGGACGCGAUGUUUGAUAUAUGUUAUUUAUCGUCCGAUAGUAACAACUUCGAGCCUGACGAUAUCCCAAAAACAAAGGAUAACGUAUGGAUACUUGGGAAAAAGUAUAGUCCAAUACAAGAAUUAGACCGUAUAAGACGUGAUAUCACUUCUGUUAUUUGGUGUACUUAUAGAAAAGGGUUCAUUCCUAUUGGAGAUGAGGGUCUCACCUCAGACAAAGGUUGGGGGUGCAUGCUGCGCUGUGGCCAGAUGGUUCUUGGUGUUGCUCUUGUUAGAAUACACUUAGCCACAGAUUGGAUAUGGACCCCAGAAACAAGAGAUCCAACAUAUUUAAAGAUAAUACAGAGAUUUGAAGAGAGAAAGCAGGCACCAUAUUCUAUUCAUCAAGUGGCAUUGAUGGGCGCAUCUGAGGGCAAGGAAGUAGGACAAUGGUUCGGGCCCAAUACUGUAGCACAAGUUUUAAGAAAAUUGGCUGUUUACGACAAUUGGAGUUCAUUAGUAAUACAUGUAGCAUUGGAUAAUACUGUUGUUAAGGAAGAUAUUUUACAGCAAUGUGUCAUCAACAAUGACAGAGGUGAUACAUCAUCGGCAGCUGAUAACUUAGUUGUAUCUGAUUGGAUGCCAUUGUUGUUGAUAGUGCCUCUCAGGCUCGGCCUCAGUGAAAUUAAUCCAGUAUAUAUAGAAGGAUUGAAGAUCUGCUUUCAAUCUGCCCAGUCGAUUGGCGUUAUAGGAGGAAAACCGAAUCAGGCAUUGUAUUUGAUAGGCUGUGCUGGAGACGAAGUAAUAUAUCUAGAUCCGCACACUACACAGAGAUCGGGAUUAAUUGAAAACAAGGAAACUGAUGAACAAAAAGAAAUGGAUUGUUCAUAUCAUUGUAAAUACGCCUCUCGGAUACCUAUGCUUGAGAUGGACCCUUCUGUUGCGGUAUGUUUCCUGUGCCGAACGAAGAGUGACUUUGAGGAAUUGUGCAAUACAAUAGAAAAGAAAUUAAUGUGCGAGAGCCAACCUUUAUUUGAAAUAUGCGAGAAGAGACCGUCGCAUUGGGGCCCGUUGUCCACAGAUAUUGAUCUUCAGAAUACGUCGCUGUUCACUGAAUUCGAAGACGUCGACAGACAAUUCGAUGAUUCAGACGAUGAAUUUGAAAUACUAUGAAAUUUUCAAAUCAAAUUCUAUUAUACAUUUAUGUUAGGUACAUAAUAAUGGUUAUAACGAACUCAUCAUAAACCUAUUUUAUAUAGAUAUAACGUAAUAAAAAAAAAGCGUAGACUUUCGUGAUAUUUAAUGAAUUACACAACUGUAAUUGCUGAUUGUAAUUGUCUAGAACAGUACUAGUUAAUUACAACAGUACUUAGUUUUCUUUUUAUGCAAUAUAUAAAGACAAACAAGCUAAUGGACUUUUAUAAUUAGUUGGGCGUAAAUAUAUGCAUAAAAUCACAAAGGAUCAUUACAUAUAAAUACGAAUUAUUUCUAAAGAAUAUAUCUAGAUACAAAUUUUUCUUUGCAAUUUAAAAGUUUUGUCAGGGUCUUUUAUUUAUAUAUCUAUCUUAAACUGACUCUGUCUCGGACCAUAUUACUGACUUGUACGACAAAAUAUCUAGCGCUUAUUUUAUUUGUCCCAUGUAAUUAUUUCUAGCUGUUAUUAUUUCUUACUCUUCCCUUUCGUCCCAAAUUAUUCUUUAUGAGGUCAUGUCGUAUAUAGUUUUUCAGAGUGAAGAUCGCAGUUACACUAUUUUCUGUCACGACAAUUUUACUUAGAUUUUUCACGACUGCCCGAAAUUAAGUUUUGUUUUCAUGGUUAAUGUAUAAACAUUAUAUAUGAUUGUUAAUUUGUCCUUCUAUAUUAGUUAAAUGGUAUCCAUGGAUUGGUCGUGACAGUUCAUAGUGUUCAAGAACACUUACAAUUUUGUAAAUUAUCUAUAAGUGUUCGAUAUCUAUAAGCAUGGCUGUCGUAAUACGCUUUUUUAUAAAGUAAUUCUAGGUAAUCAUUUAUCUUGUGUUUAGAAAUUUGUGUUCUGUAACUGUAAUACAGAAUAAGUAUAUGGUAACACUUUCUAAUUUUAAACGUAUACAUACAUGAUGUUGCUAGAAAUGAGCAUAUUUUUUUUUAUUUUUUGGAUUUAGUUCUAGUAUGCGAAAAUGGAAAAUGUCGAAUAGACUAGAAUAGAAUAAGCACUUAUUUACAUUAUUAUCUAUAGUUUGCAGUGCCUUUAAUAGUUACUCGUGCUUUUCGUUCUACAAUCCUAGAAUAAACAAAAUUAUGCUGCAUUGACAUUCCUAUAAUGAUGUGCUUACGAAAUUACUCAUUGUAUGGUACAGUUUAUUGGAAGUUUGUAUGUUGGGAAAUAAUAUUGGACUCAUAUUAAUAUAAUUUUACAUAUAAAUGUACAUUACUAACUUUAUUAUGAAUUGAUUUGUUAUUAUCUAGUCAUAGAGUAGUUAGGUACAAAAUUUACAAUAUAUUGUGUGUCUUAUAACCUUGACCUGAUUUAAUUGAUACAGCCCAGAUAUAACCGUUACAUCUAUCUUCACGCCAGGUGCCUUACAGGAGUAGGCAAAGAAAAUUGGAAGUCUCUAUUAUAUAUGUACAUCUCUUGCAUUAUCCACUGUCGUAACUAAUCUCAGGCAUGUACACACAUUCUCAAAAGUCCUUAUUUAAAUAGUAAAUAUGGUCUGCUUGCGUUACAACAUAUUGACAGAUAGUAAGUUACGCUGAAGUGACGGUAACACAUAAAAAUUAUAAAACAUUAAAUAAUAUUAAUUUUUCAUACAUUUUUCAUACAUUUAUCCCAUUUAAAAAGGUAAAGUGGUGUCCCUCCCUAUAAACUAUAUGGUGACAUUUUGUUUUCAUGUGAAUGAUGUUUAAUCAAUAACAUAUUUGAAUUAUUCCCAACUUAUUUAUUACAAUUUAUUCCCAAAAUUAUAGUUAUUGGCAGUGCAAUAUGGCAGCUUUUAUUGAUAUUAUAGAAUGACCUAUUAUUAUAUUAAUUACGUGUUAGUCAAGUAAAUUGCAAAUAACAUUACGUCAUAGUCGUAGAAUACUGACGGAUCUGACGAAGAUUACAUAUAAAGAUCCGUCAGUAUUCUACAACUAUGACGAUUACCUACCUAAUCUAAUAAGUAUAUGGAACCGUUGUAGACAGUAAUAUGAAACUAGUAGUUCCAUAUUUUUGUCCUACCAACAGCUCAAUGACUCGAAGUGGAUAUUGCCCUUUGCCACAAUACGACAAUUUAUAUAAGUUAUAUUGGACCAUUUGACAUUCUGGAUUUGUAACGCUAUGGGAUUGUAAAUAGAGAAUUGGCUAAGAAAGUAGAUAUUGUUUAAAUUGACACCAGUCUCGCUUCGUCUCUACAGCUAACUACAAUGAAUUAAUAAUAAUUCCAUUUAUAACUGUUUUUGGUGAUAUGGUCACGUGUUAUUGUAGACCAUAAUUCCACCUUGUCACAGUUAUAUUACGGACGUUAUCAAUGAUAUUUUUAAAUAAUUUGACAUGAAUUAAUAAUGGUAGAAAUGUAUUUUAAAUUUCACGUGACCUAUAUUACCGAAUCUAUAGAUAGUGUAGAUAGGUAUAGAUUAACCAUUGGAAAAUUGUUUUAUUUACUUUAAAAAAUGUAUAUAUUUAUGUUUUGUUAAGCCAAAAUUUGACUUGAUACUUCUCUAUUUUGUUCGUCGUAUUAUAUGCCAUUAGAUUAGAUUAAUUUAAUAUAUUAAUAGGUUUCGUAAAUGUUUUGGGAUACUUGUGUUUAGUGUCUAUAUCUAAUUCAAGUUUCAUUAUUAAUGCAGUUUCAUUGCAGCUGCCAAAGACUCAAAUAUUUUUUUAUAAAUAAAAAUACCUGAAAAAUUA